UACCAGCACCAGCGCAAUUUCCAUCUGGUGGGGAAGACAUUGUUAGCAAUGGCGGUGGCGCGGCUUUGUUGGCAGCUGUAGCCGCAUUUGUUACAGCUCUCAUGCUACUCGCCGUAGUUGCGUAUAAGCGAAGUAGCCGAGUAAAAUGUUUCACCAAGGGCUACGAACCGAGCAGUGUAUCUGAAGAUGAGAAGUCAGUAGAGAAAAGAGACAAUCGGCGAAAUUGUCAACAAGUCUAUACUUCAUCACCUAUAAAAACUAGCAAGAAAGACCAGCAAGAAAUGUAUGAAAUAAGUCCAUAUGCAACAUUUAGCAUGUCAAGUGGCGCCGUUUGCAGUGAAAGUGUAGAUACAGCAGGCUCAGUGAAGUCAGUGGGUCCUGUUGGAACUGUGGGGUCAGUGGGGACGGGUGCUAGUGGGACACUUAGAACGUUCGGUCGUGCUGAACCCGCGCCCUUAAGUGCAGUACCUCCUCAUCGCUCGCAUAUGCACCGAGAUCCUGUUGAUUCAGACGAGUAUACGCUAUCCCGAGCGAUGACGCUGAUGGUGCGUCGAGGUGAAUCUGACUCGGAUUCAUCCGGGUCACCCGAACCAUGCGCCGAGUGUACGUCUAGCGCUGCCUACCGGAUACAUUGCGCCGUGCCAAACAAAGAGGAAGUAUUUCGUGGUGUGACGGAUUCCAGCGCUGAAUCUUGCACUUCAGGGUCAAGGGACAAGGCUCGCAGGAGACCACGCCGACACACACCUACUUCUACCAGAUACCCUCAGCGACAAGAGCAAGAAAGAAGGGAUUUUACAAUACAUGUUUAAUUAAGACAAUAAAGACUGCUACAAGCAAUUAGAGAUAAAUUAUAACUGUUAGUAGAUAUAUGGACAAUUUAAUGUUAAUUUUUAAAGAUAUUUAAUAUAAUUUUUAUAAUUGACUCGAAUUAUUCGCGGCCUAUUUGGAUAUUAUGAAGAUGAAUGUGUCAUCGAUAAAAUAAAUCAAAAUUGUAAAUUUUCUAAAUAUUUUUUUGAUACAUAGGUGUUUGUAAUUUAGGAAAUCUAUGAGAUAGCUGUAUUAUAAAUCAAAUUUAAAACUGCACAAAUGUUUUUUGUAAUAACCCAGAGAUGGCGUUGGUAACAAAUUUGGUAAAAAAAUAAAAGCAGACUCAAAGAUACAAUUUUGUGUAUAUAUGAAUAAUAUCUGGUGGUUAAUAUAGUGUAUAUAAUAUAUGUAUACUGGUAAUUUCACUACCAGCAAUUCCUUACUACAGGGCUAGAGGAUCUCGUUCCUAUUGCUAAAAUGCUUCAUGUAUUAAAUCAAAACCGUGUCUGAACCAUUUUCCUAUUGUUAAUAAUUUUAUAUUUCUAAGGUCGGUCUUAGCUACAAAAGUGCUUUAUUUUGAUGUUAAAUUAUGUCUGUAAGAUGUAAUGUACUCAGAAAUCAAGCUGCGUACAUAAAAACAUCUAGUAUUGUACAUAUAUAUAUCUAGUGUUCAUACAGUAUUCGUCAGGGCACAUUUUUCCGUUACUUUAUACCAUGUCCAGCUUUAACUCGAAGUUGCGUAAAUAUAUUUUUCAAAUAAAA